AUGCCUCCUUCCAGGUCGCAGUUUUGCAGGGGCAACCCCAUUUCUGACGCGGACAUGGACAACGACGAGUACUCUUACCACUUCGGACUCAUCCCCACCGACGAAGAAGUCGAGGCACAUGUGCAGCGGGCCAUUCGACGCUCACGCGAGCUUCCCGAGGAUGCAGAGCGGCAAUCACUGCUCGCCAGGAGCCCGCUCCCGACCUUAUUGGACGCGCAGCUCUUGACGGGCCACUUGAUGGUGAGGCCCCACCUGCUCCACCUAUUCCACCAGUGGAUUCUGCGCCACCCUCGCGUGGAACUCCGCCUGAAGAUCGGCCCCCACCUGCUCAUCAUGAAUCGGAAUCAGAACCACCACUUCCUGCCCCUCUCGCUGGGCACGCUCGGGAUGCGUUGGGUGCCGACGCUGCUACCACUGGGCGUGCGGUGUUGGGCCCCGCUGCUGCUGGCACUGGGUAUGCGGAUCCUGACCUCUCUCAAGGCCAGUAGCUACGACAUCCACGAGGCCAUCGGCUCGCUGGGUUUCCAUGCUGAUGGGCCUCGCGGAUCUGCCGCGCUCACAUCUACGCAAAGGGGCGCCGUCAUCGACCACCUCGACGCGAACCGUCCGCAUUCCGAUUACCACCGCGAGCUUCACUUCUUCGCGCUGCUGAUGCUCGUGAUGAUGAGGGGGGAAUGGCCGGCGCUCAUGAAGGGCAUGGCCCUAGCUCAAGGCGUUGAUCCGCGCCCGGCCCCUGUGACAGCUAGCGCCUUGGCAUCGGCAUUCGCAGGGGCUUCUGCUCAUCAUGACGAGAUCUCCGAACAACAGAUCGGGUGUGCAAAGCGUGCCCUGGACAUCUUGUACCCAGUGAUCUCUGCGGACAAGACGGAGAUGAUUCGAUGGACGAUGAGCUGCCAUCUGACGCGGAACGGGAGCUUCUCCUUGCAGCCUGGCGUUCAGGAACUUCUGGAUGAUGGGCCUGUCUUCCUCGAGCCCCCCGCGGACAAGGACGCGACGCUGCGCGACAUGGAGGAAGAGGACGCCCCUGCAUUCGGCAGCCGGGUGCUCGCUGACGCCUCGCUCCAGUCGGGCGUUCUGCUUCUUCCUGCCAAAGGUCUUGCUGGUGCCUCCGUGGCUGGCGAGGGCGCCUUCCCAGGCCGCGCGCCCUAUGACCCCGUGGCGCAUGUGGCGUUCGGCGAUGCCGACGACGCUCCUCCUCUUUCUGCUGCCUUCCCCGACCACGACCCCGUUGACAGCAGCUGUUUCGAGCAGUUCGACAACGCUGCCGACAGCUCGGUCGGCCUUCUCGCCGACGCCAGCGGCUCCCUGGACCACUUCAACUUGGCGGCUGAGAGGCUCGGCACAGGCGCGCCCGCGGCGUCCAUGGGCGGGGAUGGACCAUCUGGGGGGCUCGGCUCCUGCCGGCUCUGCCGCCCUGGCGCGGGCGCCACGCUGCGGCAUGCCGUGAGGGAGGUGGGGUGGGCGCUUUUGGGAUCGGGCUCUGCCGCAGAGGACGUGGCUGACCGGCGUGCGUCCGUGUGGGCCCUCCCGGAUGCAGAGAGGGGACUGGUGUCGCACGAGGGGAGCGUGCUGGUGACCCACAGGGCAGACGUACGUGAUCGAGCGCAUGCCAGGCGCCUUGCCACGUGGCCUGAGGCUGCCGCGCAGCACAUGCUUCCGCUCCCGUACGUCGCGCAGCGCCGGGUGAUGUCCCAGGACGUCCGCGGGGCCUUGGGCUCCAGCUUCGGCUUUGACAAGCUGGUGGCGCAGCGUGCUGAGUGGUGGCUUCCUGUCGCUGAGCCACGUGCAGGGCCAGCCAUCGUGGGCCUGGAGGCGGUCAAGCGUCCUCUGCGGCGCAGUGCAGCCCAGCCCGCCUUUCCAUGUACCGUCGUCAUGCACAGCUACGGCCUCUGGUCGAGAGGCUUUCUGGUUGGCCUGAGUCUCGCCGCAGGAAGCCUGGGCACGGAAGGGCGCAGCGGUCAGGAGUUGCUGCAGCUGGCCACGGAGGUGCAGCAGCCCGGGCGUGCUGCCGACACGCACGACCAGCCGGGCGACGCGCUCGCGGCGUCGCACGGGCCGCCCGGGCUCGAGGUGCCCGACACGGAGCUGUCCGUUGCGAACGGCUCCAACCGCGACGCCUCGUGGCUCCAGGGCCCCGGCGGCUUCCCGAACCCGUGGCUCUGCCCCACCGACGCGAUGAGCGGAGGCUCCAGGCACCAGCAGCAGCUGCAGCAGCAGGGCCAGCAGCAUGCGGAGCAGGCACGCCAGUCGCAGGAGCACCAGCAGAUGGACGAGCAGCUGAAGGAGGAGCUGCGCCAGCACCAGGAGCAGCAGCACCAGCUGAUGAACCAGCAGCAGCAGCUGCAGAGGCGCACCAGUCAGCUGCAGCAGCUCCUCGGGAUGCAGCGCCCGGACCCCCACAGCGUCGAGGAGAUGACGCUGCGGCACCAGCAGCAGCAGCUGCAGGCUCUGAGCCACCAGCAGAGCCACCAUUCCCGGCAGCAGCGGCAGCACCUGCAGCACGAGCUGCAGGAGAGCUCGUUCUCGUCGCAGGCCUCGCCGUGCUCCAGCGCCGCGCCCCGCCUGCGGGGCAUGCCCAUGAAGAUCCCCUCCUCGGCGUCGUGCCGGGACGAGAUGGCCUGCCACGACGAGUUGGCUGAACACAUGGCCAACGGUGCGCUCGAGCAGAUGACGGAGGGCGACGAGCAGUUCGAACAGGAUGAGGACCACGCGAACGAGUUCGGCGAGUGCCGCUGGCACAAGUCGGCCGAGACG